AUGCCGGUAAACGCGCUAGGACACAUUGAAAUCGCCCUAGGCCUAUUAACCGCCUGUUUACCAAUGAUGCGACAGGCGAUAUUAUUACUUCCCAAAGGAUCGUUUUAUCCUUUGGUGUUAUCACGACUUAAUUGCUGCAUAUGCAGAAGGAGGGGGGAUACUAUUAGGGUUCAAAAGAUCGAUAGUAGGUCUACUAGGAUCACGUAUACUACAACGGAUAUUGUUGAGAGGAGUGAUACUGAGUUGCAUGACUUGAGGGAAAUUGUGAUUCCUCCGGUUCCUGUUGUACCUUUACAUGUGGGGGGUGGGAGUAUUAAUACACCGAGUCUUGGAGGAGGAGGAAGGUCUCGGCCUAGUACGCGAGGGAGCAGUAGUACGAAUGUAAGGAAUAGCAGGCAUGAUAGAUUCGUAAGAGAUAUUGUGAGGGAAGCCUAUAGGAAUCAGAAUCAUUCGAGAGAGGUUGUGGAAAUAGGAGAUAUGUGGGUCAUGACGGGGGAUGGGCCUGUGAGGGUACCGAUUCGGUACGAGUCGCUGGGGGGGACGGGGAGGGAUGGGAGGGAUGUGGGGUGA